AUGGGAGACAGAAAACGAGAGGAGUUCUUGAACUUGAGAAGGGAAGUUGGUCGCGUUUACAAACCACGCACAUCGAAGUCUGGGAAGCCGCUACCGAGUGCCAGAUACGUUCAAACCAAAAUCUUUGGAGAAAGGCGAAUUAAUGCCCGUGAUUUGACAUUAUUCUUCAUGCAGUUUGGCCAGUUCGUGUCACACGACUUAGCUCUUUCCUCUGUGAGGCAAACAGCGGCUGCUCAUUUGUUUCGCCCAUCUGGUGGUGUUGCAGAAUCAGGUCCUCUGCAGUGCUGCACAAGCGACGGUUCUGCGACUCUGGAGCCGCCGCGGCUUCCCGACGCCUGCUACCCCAUUCCCGUACCGCCGAUGGAUCCCGUGUACGAGCGCUACAACGUACGCUGCAUGGAGUUUGUGCGCGCCAUGACAGUCCCACCUGACGACUGUGUACUGCAGCCGGCUGUCCCAAUGAAUGUUGUCACAGCACAUUUAGAUCUUUCUCCUGUGUAUGACAACAGUGAUACAGCUAAUAGGAGACUGAGAGAAGGAAGGCGUGGUCGUCUUGCGGUGAAAAAAUUCUGGACUGGAGAAUUUCUGCCAUUGACUCCUAAUAGCCCAGCACCCUGUAAUUCGAGAAAUCCUUCACAAGAUUUAUGCUUCAUGGCCGGCGAUGUCCGUGCUAAUCAGAACCCUCUCAUGACAGCUACGCAUGUGCUAUACCUACGAGAACACAACCGAAUAGCAGAAAGUCUCGCUGUUAUUAAUCCUCACUGGGAUGAUGAACGUAUCUACCAGGAGUCCAGGCGCAUCGCAAUCGCCUGUUACCAGCACAUAACAUACGAAGAAAUGUUACCGCUUUUCAUAGGACUUGAAGCAUUUCAGAAAUAUUUCCAGAGCUAUGCAUAUGAUGAAGAAUUGUGCCCUGGUACAUACGUUGAAUUCACAAGUGUGUGCUUCAGAUACUUUCACACACUUGUACAUGGAAUUUUGAAGAUAAUGACUGAAGAACGCAAGACCAUUAAGGAGCUUGUUCUGAGUGAAUAUUUUAAUGCGCCAUCUAUAAUAAUUAAAAAAAUUGAAGAACUGUUGAUUGGAGCAGUUACUCAUUCUAGUAGGAAAGAGGACGAAAAUUUCGACAGAGAGAUAGCUGAUGAGCUGUUCCGACCAAAUAGGACCACCUUUGGAAUGAGCCUUCCUGGCAUUGAUAUACAAAGAGCUAGAGACCAUGGUGUGCCUCCGUACAAUGAUCUGCGUGAGAAAUGUGGGCUUCCAAGAGCAAAUGACUUUGGUGAUCUCAUUGAUACUACCCCUUAUCCAGUAAGUGAUGCAUAUACUUCAUUAUUGCACAUUUCUCAUAAUACUGAAUUAAGUUAUAACCAGAAUUCAGUGAAUGUGAUAUAA